CGGUGGUGCCGUUUUUCCGAGAUUGGGUGGAUGGGAGCUGCCCGCGGGGCAGGAAGCCGGCUGGAAGUAUAAGCAUACAUGGCUCCUGGUAUCCCAAACAAGAAGAAAACUGAUGAUGAACAGUCUUCAAAAGAGAAUUUUGUCCAUCUCUGCAACCCUCACCUGGAGAAAAUGGAAGAAGACAUCCUGUACCAUUUUGCUCUUGGGACUGGUACCCAUGAUUUUCCAGCAUUGUUUGGAGAUGUAAAGUUUGUAUGUGUUGGAGGUAGCCCUUCUCGGAUGAAAGCUUUCAUAGCCUACAUAGCUGAAGAACUGGAGCUUGGGAGCCCUGGUUGUGACUAUCCUAACAUCUGUGCAGGAACCGACCGUUAUGCAAUGUACAAAGUGGGACCUGUUUUAUCUGUCAGUCAUGGUAUGGGCAUUCCUUCUAUUGCAAUCAUGUUGCACGAGCUGAUCAAGCUGCUGUAUCAUGCCAAGUGUUCCAACGUAACCAUUUUUCGCAUUGGCACAUCUGGUGGAAUAGGUCUGGACCCAGGCUCAGUGGUUAUAACUCGAGAGUCUGUAGAUGCCACCUUCAAGCCUCAGUUUGAACAGGUUGUCCUGGGAAAGACUGUAAUUCGCAGUACAAACCUAGAUGAACAGCUAACUAAGGAACUGAUGCAGUGCAGUAUAGAAAUUGGUCAAUUCCAUACAGUCAUUGGAAACACAAUGUGCACUUUGGAUUUUUAUGAAGGACAAGGCAGGUUGGAUGGUGCAAUCUGCUUAUACAGUGAAGAAGAGAAACUGCAAUAUUUGAAGGAAGCUUAUGAUUCUGGUGUCAGGAACAUAGAGAUGGAGUCUUCCGUUUUUGCUGCAAUGUGUAAUCUCAGUGGUGUUAAAGCUGCUGUAGUGUGUGUCACUCUUCUGGAUCGGCUUGAAGGGGAUCAGAUUAGUAGCUCACAUGAUGUACUUGUGGAGUAUCAGAAAAGACCGCAGAAGUUAGUGGGAUAUUUCAUUAAGAAAAGUCUUGGGAAAGUAUGAAAUACCCAUCUUUGUUUUAUAGAAGCAGAAGGCUUUUGCACAGCUGAAGUCAUGGUCACAUCUUCUGUGCAUUAAAGGUAUUUUGCCUCAGAACACCUUACAGCAUUCCUUGUGUCAAAGUUAAUCAUUUAUGUCAGUGUUUUUUGGGAAUGGACUUCAGUUAAGUUUUGCUUAGUUAUGCAUUGCUGGAUUUAAGACUCGCUUUUAUGUGAACUGGAAAGUGGGUCUGUUGUGAAGGACAAGCCUGCUAUAAUAUAUUAAAAAGUUUUAUCUCUGCUGUGAAAGAAAAACUAGGAAGUAAAUCAAACUUUAUUGCCAAUUACUUGCAAACCACCAAAUUAAAAUUAAGAAUGCUAGUUCCUUUCUGGUUGUUAUAAAAAUUAUAUAAACUUUGUUGAUUCACUUUUAAAGAAAAAUUAAAGUGAAUGCAAUUUAUUUUUUGCAAGCUUUGACAAAUAAUUUUAUUUUCAUAUAUUAAAAUCUAACGAAAUUUAAUGAAA